CUAAUUACAGAUAUCUUGAAUAAGAGUUUUGACUAGGCAAAAUUAUGUUGCAGAUAUCAGUAAUGAAUAUCCAGUCUAGCGAUUAAAUGUUAAAACGGCUUGCCAUAAACUACUAUUUCUAUGUCACCAGUCACUUGAAACAAAUUUAGGACGAUAGGAGACAGGUUGAAAUAAACCGAAAUUUCCCUUUAAGGUGGAGGACAUGAAAGAGCCAGCAUCAGAGAGAGGGCGACGUAAACUCAGAAAGUUAUCUGUCCCGGUGCUGUUUGAGUGGAACAACUACUUAUUUAAACCUGAAAGACUGGGGAUGUGUGAGAGGAGCGGGGGGCAUAUGAAGGGUGAGACAUCUCAGGAGGAAAAGAUGGACGUCAGUCUGAGGGAGCAUGACUACGCCUUAGCUCCGGCUCAUAUAGUAGUUGAUCUCAUCCACUCUGAGAACGAAACUCUGCGGAAUGAACUCCACCAACUCAGACGACAGAUGAAUGAUCUAACCAUGAGGCAACGCUUUGGCAUCCACCGGUUCUCUGGCUCUGACGAGGACAUCAGGUUCUUCACAAGGUUUUCAUCUUAUGACGCUCUCAUGAGAUUCUGGGAUCUCAUCCAUCCACUGGUUCCCUUUAUGGUCCGUGUUACUAAAGCCCAAACAGCUGCAGAAAGAAGCGUGGAUGUCACAGAGUCUGAUGCUACUGUGAAUUCCCUCCAGCCCAUAGAUGAGAUGUUCCUGUUCUUAAACUAUCUUGCACUGGGGUCAAAGCUGAGGGAUCUUGCACACAAGUAUGGAAUCCACCAGUCCACAGUCAGCCGGAUAAUAAUCACAUGGAGCAACUGUCUCUAUGCUGUCCUGGGUUCAGUCAGGAUCUGGAUGUCAGAGGAAAAGAUCAGGGAACAUCUACCAGCAGAAUUCAAGGAGUACUCAGACACCAGAGUCAUCCUCACCUGCAUGGAGUUGAAGUGCCAGUGCCCAUCCUCACUACUGCUGCAAAGUGAAGUAUUCUCUUCAUACAAGUCACACCGUACCCUGAAAGGGUUGAUUGGAAUUGCUCCACACGGUGCUGUCACCUUUGUCUCUCCAUUGUGUCCAGGCUCAAUCAGUGACAAACAGAUCCUGCGACAAUCUGGGAUUGGGUCGCUGUUGACACCAGAGAUGGCAAUCAUGGUUGACCGAGGCUUUCUUGUGGAUGACGUUGUGCCAUGUAAGAUCUACAAGCCUGCAUUUCUCUCAGGUAAAGACAAGACGCCUGCAUCUGAAGUCAGAGAGACCCAGGCCACUGCACACCUCAGAGAACAUGUGGAAUGCCAUAUCAGCAAAGUUAAGCAACACAAGUUCUUUGACACAGUGAUACCACUGAAGUUGUUUGGCAACAUUAACCAGCUGUACACUGUUGCAUGCCUCUUAACAAACUAUGAAAAUGGUCAACUUGGGCAAAGCAGCUAGUGUAGCACAGUGGUUUUCAGACAGCUUUAUGAUACACAUAUACCUCUACUUAAAUAUUCACCCUAUGAAGCCUCUAAAUAAGACCUGGAGCUACUAGUUAGCUUCAGAAGUCACAUAAUUAGUUCAAACAAGUCUACCUUUGUGCAAUCUAAGUGUCACGUGAUUUCACUGUAUAUACACUUGUACUGAAAGGCCCCAGAGUCUGCAGCACUACCAAGCAAGAGGCACCAUGAGGACCAAGGAGCUCUCCGAACAGGUCAAGGAUGAAGUUCUGGAGAAGUACAGAUCAGGGUUGGGUUCUAAAAAUAUAUCUGAAACUUUGAACAUCCCAUUGACCGCCAUUACAUCCAUUAUUAAAAAAUGACAAAAAAUGUGGCCCAACACCAAGCCUGCCAAGAGAGGGCUGCCCACCAAAACUCACUGCCCAGGCAAGAAGGGCAUUAACGAGAAAGACAACAAAGAGACCAAAAACAACCCUGAACAAGCUGGAAAGCUCCUCACUGGAGAUUAAAGUAUCUGUCAAUAGGACCACUUUAAGCUGUACACUUCACAGAGCAUCGAAAGUGGCAACCAUGCCCCUUUUGUCUUAAUUCUUGGUGGCACAGAAUCAAGAAGGUGCUGGAAACAUUCCUCAGAGAUUCUGGUCCAUAUUGACAUGAUAGCAUCACGCAGUUCCUGCAGAUUUGUUGGCUGCACUGCACUUUUUUUCUCGUCAUGCUUUAAUUUUUCUUUUUUUGGUAUUUUAUUUUUGACACAACUUGCAAGUAUACGUUAACCAAUAACUGCUGUCAAUGUCACAACACAUGUAGAUAUCAGGGCAAUGACGGACGGUUAAAUAAACAAAACAGGGCAUAAUAAAAUAAAACUGGAAAAAAAACUCUCUGACCCUCUCUUAAUAACAUCAUACCUCUUAUAAUGCAGCUCUAGCCUCAAGCAUGAUUUAACCUGCCCUCUUUGUCCCCUUUGUCUAUUAAAGUGUGUUUCUACUGCUGAAUAGAAAGACUGUGUGACGACUUCCACCUAACCGCCAACAUUUUUUAGCAGCAGUGCAAGCUGAUAACCAAAGCUGCCUUUGAGUGUGAUUAAAGUUCUGUCUUGAAUCAUCAUUAAGUAGCAUACGUGCUGGAGAGCAGCCAAUCUUAACGCCCAAAAUUUCGGAUAGACGUUAGGUAGACGUUUUGUUAUUUGUUCCCAGAAACUUUUAACUGAUGGACACUCCCACAUGAUAUGUAAAAAAAAAAGUC